GCAAUAUGGUUUGGAUGGACAACAUCAUGGACUUCUGGGAGGAUGUCCUGCAAAUGGAGGCUGAUGAAAUCACAAGAAAACUGAAGCAGUGGGCAUGCAUGUCAGGUUGUAGAGCUAUUGUUAAGAGAUGUGACAUACGCAUCAACUACACAAACUUUGGUAUUGCUAUGAAAGAGAAGCUUGGGGUUGACAUAAGGGGGUGGCCUGAGGAUGUUCCAUUUCAAUCCCCCACCAGCAUCAAUUAUCACAAUGCCCUUCUGAAGCUCUGCAAUGGACUGAAGAAUGGCUCCUGCCUCUGGUUCCACAUGUCCCUGCAUCAACGGGAGGAAUAUAGCGCCCAUCUUGCUGUGUGGCACAAGAAAGGAGAGGUAGUGGGCAAGGCACACAAGAAACACUCUGAUGCUGGGGUACCCCAUAAAUGCAAGGGAAAGGAGAAUGGACACUGA